AUGAUCCGAAUUCAAAUCAAAUUCAAAAAUAUAAAUACAAACAUAAGAGUGUAAAAACAAAAAAUCGAUACUUCGUUGGAACCUGCGAAUAUUUGAAUAUCAGCUAUUGCCAUCCAUUGGAUUUAUUGAAAAUGGAAACUUUGGAUACUGAGCAUAUUUCCCCAGCUAUUAAUCAUAACGAAUCAGAUGUUAACAAUCAAUUAACAUCUCAAGAAUUUCAGACAAAUCUUUACAAUUGGUUCAAUCAGAAGGGUAUUGUUUCUGAUAUGAGAUCUUAUUUACGAAUGAAAAUGAUAAACGCUCUAAAAACUACAGCAAUAGGAGAAUCUCUCAAAAGUAGUAAUAAUGUAAACAUAGAAGAUCAAGCCUUGAAUGUUCUAAUUGCUGAUUAUUUGUUUCAACAUGGGUAUGAUUAUUCCCUGUCAGUAUUCAGUACAGAAGUGCCCAUUAAAACUUUGGUUUCUGAAUUCUGCUUUUUUCUCUUUAAUAAAGAGAAAACACAGUAUCGACACAAAAUUGAUGAAGAAAAUGUUAUGUCCGUUAUAGAAUUGUUAGGUAUUAACGGAAAUUCUGAACUAGCUAGAGAGAUUUUAAAAACAUAUAAACAGUUAGAGAAUGGAACACUGCUCCUAUGUUUACUAAAAGUAGUAAUGAAUUAUUACAAACCAGAUAACUCAAAUGAAGAAGGGAAUAUUAUUGAGAUUGGAAAAUUUAUAAGGAGAAUAAUGAUACAUUUCGAUCUACCAACAUCAGCUGUCAAUCACAUGAUUGAAAAAAUAAACCAAAUUGUGAAAAAUCAUAUGAAACACGUAAUAAAUAACAUUUCCAAGUACCACGAACAAGAAAAGUACAUACUUCGAGCAGAAUAUAAAAACAAGGAAGAGGAAUUCAAACAGAAGCUGAUGGAAGUUGAUAAAUUUCUCAACGAAGAAACUAAAAGGAUAGAAAAAGAACAUAAAAAACUUGUAUAUUUGACUGAAAGUAUGGUUUCUAAUGAGAAAAAACUAUCCGAGAAAUCCAGAGAAAUGGAAAAUAAAUUAAAGAAGAUAAAUGAAUUAGAAAUUAAACUAGCAGGAAACUUGCAGUGUUCCAACAAAAAUAAAACAUCAUCUGAUAAAGAGCAACAUUUAGGAGAACCUUGUAAACUGCCUCACUGUAAUCAGCAAUGUGAGGAAAAUCUCCAAGAAAUUGAACAACUGAAGAUACAGAGAAGUGGAUUUGAAAAAGUUGUCGAGAAUCAGAAUACUCUGAUAGUUAAUCUCACAGCAAAAUCAAAUAUUAUGUACAAACAGAUUCAGGAUAAUAUGGUGACAAUUGAAAAUUUAAAUAAGCAAAUAGAAAAACAGAAAGCACUUUUAGAAAUCCAAAGUAAAAGAGAACAGCUUUCUGAAAGGACCAUAUCUAGCAGUGAAGCUCUAACAGUUGGAACCGAUGGUGAAGGCGAUCAUAACAUCGAGGAGGCGAUAAAAGAAAGUCAUUUCAAAUUAGAACAACUGGAGAUGGAAAGUAAUGAAAUUGAACGAAAAUUUCAACGAUUUCGGUCAACUCUACGGCAUAAGUAGAGAACGAUUUUCAUGGAAAAAUUCUUCUUAGUGGAUAAAUGGAUUGUUUACUAGUUUCUAUUAUUGUUUCCCAUAUAAUAAAUGUUUUAUACAAACAAA